UUCACUUUUGAGUCAUGAACAAACUUUUCAGAAGGCAGCCUUUUUUGGGAAUCUAAAUAUUCAUGAGCAUAUGGGGUCACAUGAUUGAAUGUAUUUUAUUCAGUGUGAAACUUAUUUAUAGCAUCGUUAUGCCUUAUGUAGACCUUCUCCAUUUAAAACGUUAAAAAAACAGCUUACUAGGAAAUGUAUUAGCUAGCAUGUUACAAACUCCCUGACAGGUCAUCACAGCGUUUAACAGUGCACAAUGUACACCGCCAAGAAGAGAUUUAAGGGCAGGAAGAAAAUCUUAGAUUUUUAAAAAGUCCAUAUCGAAGUGUAUGCUCUGUCGUAAAAGGUUUGAUUGUUUUGAGCUGCUUUUCAUCCGGGAGCAUGUGUCACGUGUUAACAGGAGUUUCACGGGGGAGCACGUGUUCUAACAGGCGUUUCCACCGUCGUGUUUUGAAGCAGCUGCUUCGGGUUGCGGACGCUGGGCUAGCACUUCUAACGGGACGGGCCUGAGCUCGCAGCAGCCGGGACGGAGCUGGCACCACCAGUAGGCGUGGGUCACCUCUGGCGAGCUCUCAGGCCUACCCGCGCGGUGGCCUGGCCACUCUGUUGGGGCAGGGACUGCCCCUUCAGGUUGCCCAGGGCCGCUUUCUGCGCGCAGCCUCUCCCGGCCGCCCGCGUUCGCCUCGCUCGCCCGGGCCGCGCCUCGGCCUUUUAGCGCAGGCUGCGGUGGUUCGGGGAGCGGCAGUCGCUACGGUCGUGACAGUUCGCGUUCCCGGCCCGCGCAGCGGCUGUACCUUUCCUGCAGCGGGUGAAGUUGCGGGUGCCGUGCUACGCGGGCGGCACUCCCCAACCUCUGAGUUCCCGCCCACGCGCUCCCGGCGCACCGGAUUCCGGCUCUGGCUCCCCAGUACCGCGAGGUCUCCACAUCUGGCGACCAAAUUCCAGAAAGAAAUUGGAAAUUGAAGAUUUAAGGAUAGAAUGUUGUUUUACAGUAUUCUCACUUACUUCAAAGAACACAUGCCAGAAACUUAAAAAGAGGCUGCACUGAGAGGCUGACCCUGGAUCCUGAUUGCCCUUCUGCCAGAAAGACACAUGCAGCCAAAGAUGAAUUUGGGGAAAGCAGCCACUUGCUUCUUUAACCAUGGAAAAGCACGGCCGCAGUGAGAUGGAAAUAGUCCCAUCAGAGUCUUACUCCUUCAUUAAGUUGUUGAAAGUCAACCGGGAGCAUCUGGUCACUCACAUCCGAAACACUCAGUGUCUGCUGGACAACUUGCUGCAGAAUGACUACUUCUCCACUGAAGAUGCAGAGAUCGUGUGUGCCUGCCCCACGCAGCCCGACAAGGUGCUGGUGACGGGAGGCCAGCUCUGGUGGCCAGACGGGGUGAAGAGCUUUGAGAGUUCAGUACAUUGGGUCCGCAGAAUUCUGGACCUGGUACAGAGCAAGGGCGAGGAGGUGUCCGAGUUCUUCCUGCACGUGAUCCAGCAACUCGCAGACGCUUAUGUGGAUCUCAGGCCUUGGCUCUCCGAGAUUGGCUUCUCCCCUUCUCCGCUCAUUCAGAGCAAAGCUGUUGUCAACACUGACCCAGUGAGCAGAUACAGCCAGAAGCUGCAGCAGCAACUGGGCCGGGACUCCAAGUUCAUCCUGUGCUAUGCUCAGAAGGAGGAGCUGCUGUUGGAGCAGAUGUACACAGACACGGUGGUGGAGCUGGUCAACUUCAGCAACGAGAGCCUGGGCAGCCUGGACAGCCUGGCCUGCCUCCUGGACACAUCCACGGGCGUCCUCAACGAGCAGGGUGAGAUCAUCUUCGUGUUUGGCGAUGCAGGCAUGGGCAAGUCCAUGCUGCUGCAGCGGCUGCAGAGCCUCUGGGCAGCAGGCCAGCUGGACCCAGGAAUCAAGUUCUUCUUCCACUUCCGCUGCCGCACCCUCAGCUGCUUCAAGAAGAGCGCGGCACUGUGUCUGCAGGACCUGCUCUUCAAGCAUUACUGCUACCCAGAGCAGGACCCCGGGGAGGUUUUCGCCUUCCUGCUGCGCUUUCCCCACACGGCCCUCUUCACCUUCGACGGCCUGGACGAGCUGCACUCAGACUUCGACCUGAGCAGCGAGCCCGACACCUCCUCCCCUUGGGAGCCCGCCCACCCGCUGGCCCUGCUGGCCAGUCUGCUCAGUGGGAAGCUGCUCAAAGGGGCGCGCAAGCUGCUCACGGCCCGCACGGGCGUCGAGGUCCCGCGACAUCUCCUCUGGAAGAAGGUGCUCCUGCGCGGCUUCUCCCCCAGCCACCUGCGCGCCUACACCGGGAGGAUGUUCCCCGAGCACGCCGUGCGCCAGCGCCUGCUGGAUCAACUGGAGGCCAACCCCAACCUCUGCAGCCUGUGCGCGGUGCCCCUCUUCUGCUGGAUCAUCUUCCGGUGCUUCCAGCACUUCCACGACGCCUUUGAGAGCUCCCCGCAGCUGCCUGAUCUCACGGUGACGCUGACUGACAUCUUCCUGUUGGUCACCGAGGUCCACCUGAACAGGACGCAGCCCACCAGCCUGGUGCAGCAGAACACGCGGAGCCAGACGGAGACCCUCCGCGCCGGCCGGGACACCCUGUGCUCGCUGGGCCGGGUGGCUCACAGGGGCAUGGAGAAGAGCCUCUUCGUCUUCAACCAGGACGAGGUGCAGGCGUCCGAGGUGCGGGAGGGGGACCUGCAGCUGGGCUUCCUUCGGACCAUGCCAGAGCUGGGCCUCGGAGGGGAACAGCAGUCCUAUGAGUUCUUCCACCUAACCCUCCAGGCCUUCUUUGCUGCCCUCUUUCUAGUGGUGGACGACAAGGUAGGCACUAGGGAGCUGCUCAGGUUCUUCCAGGAGUGGACUCCUCCCGAGGAGGCUGUGGCCACAUCGACCUGCUAUCCUCCUUUUCUCCCUGUCCAGUGCCUGGGGGGCCACGGCCUGCAUGGGGAAGACCCCUUCAAGAACAAGGAUCACUUUCAUUUCACCAACCUCUUCCUGUGUGGGCUGUUGUCCAAAGGCAAACAGAAACUUCUGCAGCACCUGGUGCCCACCGCUGCCCUGCGGCGAAAACGCAAGGCCCUGUGGACUCAUCUGUUCGCCAGCCUGCGCUCCCACCUGAAGAGCCUGCCCCGGGUUCAGUCUGGGGGCUUCAACCAGGUGCAGGCCCUGCCCACCUUCAUCUGGAUGUUGCGCUGCAUCUACGAGACGCAGAGUGAGAAGGUGGGGCAGCUGGCGGCCAGGGGCAUCUGCGCCAACUACCUCAAACUGACCUUCUGCAAUGCCUGCUCGGCUGACUGCAGUGCCCUCUCCUUCGUCCUGCAUCACUUGCGCAAGCGGCUGGCGCUCGACCUGGACAACAACAACCUCAACGACUUCGGCGUGCGUGAACUGCAGCCAUGCUUCAGCCGCCUCACUGUCAUCAGACUCAGUGUGAACCAGAUCACUGACAGUGGGGUGAAGGUGCUAUAUGAAGAGCUGACCAAAUACAAGAUUCUCACAUUUUUAGGCUUAUACAACAACCAAAUCACCGAUGUUGGAGCCAGGUACAUCGCCAGAAUCCUGGAUGAGUGCAAAGGCCUCACACACCUGAAAUUGGGAAAAAACAAAAUAACCAGCGAAGGAGGAAAGAGUCUCGCUCUGGCUGUGAAGAACAGCAAAUCCAUCUUUGAAGUUGGGAUGUGGGGCAAUCAAAUUGGUGAUGAAGGAGCAAAGGCCUUCGCAGAGGCUCUGAGGAACCACCCCAGCUUGACCAACCUGAGUCUUGCAUUCAACGGCAUCUCUACAGAAGGAGGAAAGAGCCUCGCAUGGGCCCUGCAGCAGAAUGCAUCUCUGAGAAUAUUCUGGCUCACCAAAAAUGAACUUGAUGAUGAAGUGGCAGAGAGCUUUGCAGAGAUGUUGAAAGUCAACCAGACAUUGAAACAUUUAUGGCUUAUCCAGAACCAGAUCACAGCCAAGGGGAUUGCCCAGCUGGCAGAGGCAUUACAGAAGAACACUGGCAUAAUGGAGAUUUGCUUAAAUGGAAACUUGAUAAAGCCAGAGGAGGCCAAGGUCUUUGAAGAUGAGAAGAGGAUUGUCUGUUUCUGAGGGGAUAUUUUCUCCUGGGUGGGUCUUGGACCUGGGGGCAACUCAGUGCAGUCGCCUGUCUUGGAUGGCGGCAUCCAGGGUCUGCUGAGGUGGGACUUCUAGGAAUCCAGCCUUCCUGAUGCAGAUCAAGUGGGAUCUGGCAGAGAUCCCUCUGACUGGCAGAAGCCCUGAGUGGCUGUUACAAUUCUGCAGGAAAAGCAUGAGCCAUUUUAGUGACUGUAAACAUUCUAUAAAGAAAUGUUAAUGCAUAGCCAUGAUUAUGUAAAAUCUGCACCUAGAGGAAUGAGACUCAGAGCUCGCACAAAUGCCUGCCCCAAGGCCAGGGGGAGCGAGUCAGUCACCGCCAUGUUCACUGAAGAGAUGAUGACGUGGUGCACAGUUGGUACCAUGUUUCUUGGGGGGCAGAGGUGCUCAACAAAGGAAAGUAUUUUGCCUGAAAUAUUGUCUUCCUCCUCAGUGCCUCCCCAAGUGUUGAUACUAUUCCCACCUCACUGCAGACACUGAGGGGGUGCAGUGUGGGGGUUUGACUCCUCCCAGGCUCGCUCUGUAGGGAGCUGGUGCCAAAGGAAGGACCCACCAUGGGCUUUUGUCUUAGUCCUGGAGUCUGUCUGCUGACAAAGAUGGCAGGAUGCCCUCUUCACCAGUCUGAGGGACAGGGCGAUGUCUGCAUAAUACUGAGGCCCCACUCAGGGCUUUUGUGGGAUGGGCUCUGCCCCAGGAAGAAGAAUCAGUACCGUCCUCCAAAAGGAAUAAAGGCCUGGCGUGCCCUUGUGGCCAUGGCAUCCAAACUGGAGCUUCUCUCUCGCCCUGUGGAGAAAGGGAAGUCUCCUGCCCCUGAGCAGUUGCGAGGGUGGCUGUGUUGGAGGCAAGGCUCCGAGUCGCUGAGAACUCAGCUGGGAGAGCAUGUUAGACCCCCGCCACCAUGGUGGGCAUGCGGUGGAUGCUAAAUGGGGGGAAGGAGGAGGUUUUACCAGAUAACUCGUUCGUUUGCCAAUUCAUUUGUUAGUAAAAUACUGAAACACUCA